ACGUACCAUCCUUUACCGUGGCAAUUUGCGAUCGCAAACAAUGUCGUAUUGUACCUGUUUCCCUAUUCAGUUACCACCUUUAGCUUGAGGGUUCUCGGGCGAGUCCGAGUCGUAUGUAUGGAACCCGAUAGCACGGCUGGCAAACUUUCGAUGAAAGAAGAAUACCGGCGGUAUUUGCUGUGGAGCGGCCAGGGAAUUAAACCCCGAAAAACCUCCGUCUCGUGAGAAGUUCCCAAAAAUAACACUAGUGCAUUGACAUAUCAAGAUUUGAGUACGAGCCUUCCGAUUGACUUUCUCACUAGCAUCAUUUAAGCGUCUGCUUUUUUGUGAUUCCCUGCUACUCUGGUUUCCGCCCCCUACGUCGUCAUGAAAGCUUUCCACAUCAGCCGGAAGCGUGCCAGUUCGGAGCCAGGUGCCCCUGUGAUUGAGAGGAAGCCUUUGGCUUCUUGUGAGGUUUCAACUAGCGGUACGAGAUCUACUGCUGUAAAGAUCUCAGUUCAGAGUGUCUUGAACGAUGAAUUUCUACCUCCAUACGGGUUGGCCGACUUUUAUGCAUUCUUGCAAAAAGAGCAUAGCGAGGAAAACAUUGAGUUUUACCAAGACAUCCAACGGUAUCGCCAACGCGCCUUGCCCAUCUUCAAUGCUCUGAAACAACGAAACGCAAGUCGAGCUAACCUUCGACCCUCCAUGGAUGAGCUCAGAAAGAGUCGGGCGAGUCUCCGCCGAUCCGUUGACAGCGUGCAUACCUCGAAAGCAGCUGAGCGUACUCUGGUUAACACGCCCACCGAGGAGACAACCCCAAAUCCCACUGCCGAAAGUUCCGACAGCAUUGUAGCACCUGCACCACUUGUUGCCAAGGAUAAGGAACCGUCUUUGCCAGACCUAAAGCCCAUUCUCGCAUCGCUUCGGGAAGACUUGGAGACUCUCAUUAAAACAUACAUGACGGAGGGAGCCGACAAAGAGAUCAAUCUCCCGCAGAGUAUCCAUCGCAGAAUCUUGGUCGAAAUUCGGGAUAAACACAACUACCACCCAGACUUGUUUAAAGGGGCUUUAGAGAAUGUGACAACCAUGAUGCGGCUGAGCAGUUUCCCUAACUUUAUUAAGGCGGCUUCGGCAGCUGGUGGAGAGGGGCCUGUAAGUAAGAUGAAGGAGACUCCGGAAGAGGAUGGCGAUUAUACCACAGCAAAGACCUCUAAACACGGUUUGGGAGGAGAUAGACUGGGGUCCUCUGUUGCCCCUAAGAGAGCCAUUGUCACUUGAGUCAAUACUAGAGACUAUACGAGGCAUUCUCAUUCUGUAAUGUUGUUGUCCUUGUUAAGGAAUACUAUAUAUCUCAUCGCA